UGUUAUUUCUGUUCUGAGUCAAGUUGAACAAUUACGACAUUUUCAUAUGAUAGUACUUCAGAAUAUGUAUCUCAAUGUCUUUGUUAUUUAAAUUAAUGUUUUUUUUAAUAUAAAAUGUUGAAUAAAAAGUUUUGAAUUUACUGAUUUGGUUGAAAACAUGUCAGAAGCUAAAGUGAUGAAGUUAGAAUUAUACAAUGCAAUCUUAGAGGAUUUUAAUAAUUUGACAUCGUACAGUCGCAAAUCCGAGAAUAUGCUGAGGAAAAAAUAUAAUCAGUUACCUUCAAGCACUAUAGGCAGUAUUAUAUCAUUAUUGGUACAGAGAUCUAUGAAACAAAGUUACAGGAAAUCUCCAGUGAUAUCCAGUAAAUAUCAUGAUUUAUAUGAAGAGCUGAUAAAAGACAAAAAUAAGGAAAAUAUAAUUCUGAAAUUAUCAGAAAAUCAAGGUAUAAGCCCUGCAUUGUUUGCAAGGUCAUUACUACAAAAUGUCUACACUGACUCUACUAUGACAAAAAAAUGUAUAAAGGACACAACUCUUAUUGAAGAUAAAGACCUUGCUUAUCAAACAUUUUUGGCAAUUAUGAAUGACAAUCAGUAUGGUCCUUAUGCAGAUACUAUAAAACAGUCUAUUGGCUUGGAAUAUGAGUUACGGUUAGAAAGAGAAUUACGAUUAAUGAACAUUACAUUUUUGGAUGAAAAUGUUUUAAGAUCAAGAGGGUAUGACAAAACCCCUGAUUUUAAGUUGGAUGUUCCAAUAGCUGUGGAUGGAUUCAUUGUGAAUUGGGUUGAGAGCAAAGCAUUAUUUGGUGAUGAUGAAAAUCAUUCUGGAUAUUUAAAAGAGCAACUAUCAUGUUAUUGGAAUAGAUUUGGCCCUGGUUUAGUUAUUUAUUGGUUCGGUUAUCUUGAAACACUAAAUUCAACUCCAGAAGUCAAUAAUAUGUUCAUACUUCGUACUAGCUUUCCAAGUAAAUCAAGCAUUACACAGUAUAAAAUUGAUGGUUAAGGUAAAUAAUUUUAUUUAUAAUUCUCUAGAUAAGUCUUCAAAUAUAUUCUUUGAACCUUA